CGUCUCGCACGGACCCCCUUCUCGCGGGUCUCGGCCAGGAGGCCGGGGCUGGGCGGCCGUGGUCGCCGGGCACGCGAAUUCGAUCUCCCCGCCUGCUGAGGGUGGUUGGGGUCUUCCACCCGCCACCGUCCGCCCGCCCCACGUCGCCGAGCCGCUCGGGCCCGGCUGCGGACCACCGCGCCCUGGCCUCCCUCUCGGCCCGACCCCCGUCUCUGGGCGCAGGUGGGCUUCGGGCCCUUUGGCCUCGCAGGGCCCGGACGCGGAGAAACGCCUGGCAUGACGUCUCGGGAUUUCUUUGAGCAUUCAAAGGACUGUCAGCCGCAGCGGACGCUCAGUCAUGGUAGCGGUGGCGGUCGAAAAGGCCGCGGCUUUAUUUUUAACUGCUUCAGCUUCUCCUCCCCUCUCUCCCUUUCCUCCACUUCCACCCACGAAAUGGUGCGCUCUGCCUUUAAGACUAAAAUGGUGGCUUGCUACGAGCGGGACUCUACUUCCGGUGAGGAGGGGGGCGGGACCCCAGCCCGCUCACGCCGGAAGUGGUUUGCGUUUUCAAGAUGGCGACUCCCUAUGUAACUGACGAGACCGGCGGCAAGUACAUCGCUUCGACACAGCGGCCCGACGGCACCUGGCGCAAGCAGCGGAGGGUGAAGGAAGGCUACGUGCCCCAGGAGGAGGUCCCAGUGUAUGAAAACAAGUAUGUGAAGUUCUUCAAGAGUAAACCCGAACUGCCCCCAGGGCUAAGCCCCGAGGCCACAGCCCCCGUCACCGCGUCCAGACCUGAAGGUGGUGAGCCAGGCCUCUCAAAGACGGCCAAACGCAACCUGAAGCGGAAGGAGAAGCGGCGGCAGCAGCAGGAGAAAGGAGAGGCGGAGGCCUUGAGCCGGACUCUGGAUAAGCUGUCGCUGGGAGACGCUGCCCCACCACCCAGCGCACCGCAAGGCCCCCAGGCGGCACCGACGGCCGCCUCUGAGCAGCCCGAGCCAGCGGCCAGCACCGAGAGAGCCAAGAAGAUAAAGAACCUCAAGAAGAAACUUCGGCAGGUGGAGGAGCUGCAGCAGCGAAUUGAGGCCGGGGAAGUCAGCCAGCCCAGCAAAGAGCAGCUGGAGAAGCUGGCGCGGAGGAGGGCGCUGGAAGAGGAGCUGGAGGACCUGGAGCUUGGCCUCUGAGGCCGCGGGGAGGAGGCAACGGACCACAGAACAAACCGCAGGGCUCUCGGGGACCAGGGAAGGGGGUGGCAGCGGUGGGGGGUGUCCCCCCAUACUGGCUCACGUGUGCCCCUUGUGGCCCAGCUCUGUCCUCCAGGACCUAGCCUCUCCCCCGCUCCUUCCCUGUUCUCCCCAAGUCUCUGGUUUUUUUGACUUUGCCCUGUCCCAUUCCCAGCGUCCAGAUCCCAGUGACCACCCCCAGGUACCUUUGCUGCUGAUUUGGGUGUCUCGUUGAAAAGAAAACUGGGUGGGUGGGAGUCCGUCGGAGAACUGAGGCGGGGGUAGAGGGGGUAAGCCCAGAGCUCCAAGUCCUGGUGCCUGUUGAAGGUGUUCAGGGCUCGCUGCCCCCUCUAUGCCUCACCUCUUUGUUUUUUGUUUUGUUUCGUUUUAUUACUUUUUUUUUAAAGAACAAGAAUAAACUCAAGUAGACAACA